AUGUCAUCAUUGCUCGCCACCAGCCUGCUACUUGUCGGCCUUCUCCAGAUAGCCACCGCAUUGCCGGAGGCCCUGGUAACAAAGCCAAUCAGGGCACGCGCCGACAAGCAAGUCUGCCUGGAUAGCUCAGGCUGCUCGGGUAGCACGCCGCAGUGCACCGUGGAUGCGAGAGAAAUCUGGCCCAUCUGCUGCGGCCAAGGCCAAAAGGCCUUCUACGGCCAGUGCUGGGACGUUCCGAACGACGACGACAUUGAUGUCUGCGUGGCCGAGAGCCGCCGGGAGGGCACUCUAUGCAGCCUCACCCAGAACUACUACUGCGCCUGUAUUCCUGGCACUAUCCGUUCAUUGUGCAGAUGCUGCAGGUCAGAUCAGGUCCUAGACCUUUAUACUUCACAAUGUGCCGAUAGGUAA